UAAACAUAUACACAUUGUCCGUAUGAAUAAAAACAUAAAUUAUAAAUAUUGUUUAAAUAUUAUUCGAUUUUAAUCAUUAAAUAUUUAAAAAUAUUUUGUUGCACCUAAAGUCUAUAUUUUCUGAUUUUUAAUAUUUGUUGUUCAAAUCAAUUUUGAAAAAUGACAAAAUCAAAGAAAAGUAAGAAAAUACUUAACAAACGGUUUGCUACUAUGAAAAAGAUGAUAAAACCUACAGACUCAAGGAUAAAAGAAGAAAAACGAACAGUUAUUAAGAAAAAGAAAAAAGAUGAGAAAGCUGUGGUUGUUCGACAAGUGGCUCAAACAAGUUCAGCGUUGUUUUUUGAAUUUAACACCCAAUUAGGACCUCCUUACCACAUUUUAGUGGAUACUAACUUUGUCAACUUUUCAAUUAAAUAUAAAAUGGAUGUAGUUCAGAAUAUGAUGGAUUGUUUAUAUGCCAAAUGCAUUCCAUACGUAACAGAAUGUGUUAUUGGUGAAUUAGAAAAAUUGGGUCAAAAAUAUAAAAUAGCUCUAAAAAUUGUUAAAGAUCAACGUUUUCAAAGAAUACAAUGUAUGCAUCCAGGAACUUAUGCAGAUGAUUGUAUUGUACAAAGAGUUACACAACAUAAAUGUUAUAUAGUCGCUACUUGUGAUAGAGAUCUUAAAAGGAGGAUUAGAAAAAUUCCAGGUGUGCCAAUAAUGUACAUUUCCCAAAGAAGAUAUACUAUUGAAAGAAUGCCAGAUGCAUAUGGUGCCCCUAGGACAUAAUGUAUUCUUUUUUUAUGACUAAUUGUAUGUAUAUGUUUAACUAUUAAAUUUUCUUUGGUUCUCAA